AUGGCUUCUAUUACGAACAAUUUAAUGGAAUCAGAUGAUGAUUAUAUUCCACCAGUUAAAUUAAAGAAGACUACAAAUGAGGAUGAUCAUAAUGAUUUAUAUUGUUUUGAAUGUCAUGAUGAAGGUGAUGUUAUUUGUUGUGAUUCAUGUCCACGUGUAUAUCAUUCCAAAUGUCUUGGAUUGACAACAUUACCUGAUGGUGAUUGGACAUGUCCUGAAUGUAAAAUUAUUCAAUCAUCAUCGAACAUAAAUAAUCCACGCAUAGAUGAGUUUCUUACUAUGUUAAAAUCUGCACUUCGUCGAAUGAAAUCUCACCCACAAUCUACACCAUUUAUGAAACCUGUUGAUUCUAAACAAGUUCCUGAAUAUCUUGAUUAUAUAAUUCAUCCAAUGGAUUUAGAAACAAUAGAAAAAAAUAUUGAUUUAAAAAAAUAUACAUCUACAGAUGCAUUUAUUGCUGAUAUUAAAUGGAUAACACAUAAUAGUCAAAGUAAAUUUACUACAAUUGCACGUGCACUUCUAAAAAUUGCUCGCCAUGAAAUGACUGAAAUUGAAAUUUGUUCAGAAUGUUAUUUACGUAGUGCACAACCUGUAUCAACAGAUUGGUUUGCUGAACCAUGUCGUAUUCCACAUACGUUAUGUUGGGCUAAAAUGAAAGGUUAUCAACCAUGGCCAGCUAAAGUUUUACGUAUUGUUAAUGAUGAAGUUGAUGUUCGUUUCUUUGGUCAACAUGAUCGAGCAUGGGUAUCAAUUAAUAAUUGUUAUGUUCUUUCAAAAGAAUAUCCAGGUGUAGAAAAGAAAAAAUCUAAUAUUAAUUUUGAAAAAAGUCUCACAGAAUUACAAACUCAUAUUGAUCGAUUAAAAACACUUUAUGGAUGUUUUACAUAUGCGCCACCGCAAACACCACUUAGUAAAACGAAACCGUUUAAAUUCGUUUCAAUUAUUGAUGAUUCUAUUCCACCUACUUAUGUUGCAACGAUGACUAAUAAUAAUGCACUUCGUUCUUCUAUCAAGUGUGUAAAACAACCACGUUCUCCUAUUCCAUCACAAACAACCGAAUCAAUUAUAAAUUUACAAACGGCUACUAAGCGGCCAAAUGAAAACUCUUAUGACCAACAGCAACAGCAAGAGUCAGUUAAACGAGCACGACUUUCAUCUCGACCUACAGAUGAUAAUAGUAUAAAUUCUAAUCGAAUUGUACUUCGAAUUCGAAAGCCAAGUGAAGAUUUAUCAAGCAGUCGAAGUGAAACAUCAAACAGUAGUAUUAGCGGUCAUCAAUUAACUGUUCAAAUAAAAGAGCCAUUAUCAACAUUAAGAGAAGAUGAUGAAGAUCAAAAUCAAUCUCAAUCAGAAAAUGUAUUUGAUAUUUUUAAUCAAACNUAA